AAGUGCUUACGCUGUCGGACCACAGAUGAGAUCCAGACCAAGAAAGCUCCAAAGCACAUGUUUGAGCACACAGCCUGCCGGUUCUGUGAACCACCAAACCUCUCUCAUAAAGGCUCAAAUCGAUUGGUGAAUUUUUUUUCGAUGGAUUUGUGUUCAAACGGAUCGGUAAUUUCAUUUCUCCGGGAGGGUUAAGGGAAGGCAAGAGCGAACGCGAGUGAGAAGAACAGAAAGAGAGCGAGGGGAGGGUGGGAGAAGCGCACAUUCGCUCCUUCAGCCAUGGAGCUCACCAUGGACAACUUACACAGCGUCUCAUCGCAUUCCCAGCCGGGGGACCUCAUGAGCUCUCCGCACGCUCGACCGUCUCCGUCUCCAAGCUCCACACCCCGGAACCUGGUCUCGCACGCUCCAGGUGGGAGACCGGCCAUGGUAUCCGGCAUGGCCUCACUUCUGGAAGGGUCCGGCGGGGAUUACCGGACGGACCCAUCCGCCUUGUCGGGACACCUCCAUUCAUCCAUCAGCAUGUGUGAGACCGGGAUGAGCCUUAGUAACACUUACACCACGCUGACCCCUCUGCAGCAUCUACCUCCGAUAUCCACUGUGGCGGAUAAGUUUCACCACCCGCAUUCGCACCACCACCCUGCCGCCCACCAACGACUGUCCGCCGGGAACGUCAGCGGCAGCUUUACGCUGAUGAGGGAGGACCACCGAGGACUGGCCUCCAUGGGCAACUUAUACAGUCACUACCCCAAAGAGAUGUCUGUUGCCAGCAUGGGUCAUGGAUCGCUGUCGCCGUUGUCCGGCGGGCUUGGAUCUCUGCACAACUCCCAACAGUCGCUAUCCGCCUACGGUCCCAGCACGCACCUUUCCACCGAAACCAAGAUGCUCUCGCCGGUGUCAGGGUUCGAGUCUCACGCCUCCAUGCUGUCUCGAAGCGACCAGGAGCACUUAGCCAGGAGUUUAGGGGGGCAUGGCCACGGCUUAAUCUCCAACCUAAACGGCAUGCACCACCAUCCGCACAGCCACCUUCACUCCCAGGCAAACGGUGCGGUGAUGAUGGAUCGGGAGAGGCACGGUCAUGUAGCCAGUCAGGGAGCGUCGGGGUCGGGGAUCCAGGCAGAGGAAAUCAACACGAAGGAGGUGGCUCAAAGGAUAACGGCCGAGUUGAAGCGCUACUCUAUUCCGCAGGCUAUUUUUGCCCAACGGAUCUUGAGCCGGUCGCAAGGCACCCUGUCGGACCUGCUGCGGAACCCCAAGCCCUGGAGUAAACUCAAGUCAGGCCGGGAGACGUUCAGGAGGAUGUGGAAGUGGCUGCAGGAGCCUGAGUUUCAGCGGAUGUCCGCUCUGCGGCUGGCCGCAUGUAAACGCAAGGAGGAAGACCGGGGACGGGAGCGCAGCCAGGUGCCAAAGAAGCAGCGGCUGGUCUUCACAGACCUGCAGCGUCGCACCCUUGUGGCCAUCUUUAGAGAGAACCGUCGCCCCUCCAAAGAGAUGCAGCUCACCAUCUCUCAGCAGCUGGGCUUGGAGCUCUCCACCGUCUCCAACUUCUUCAUGAACUCACGGCGCCGCUGUCCAGAGCGCUGGGACCCAGAGGAGCACAGUCAUGGCGUGCACGGCCAUGGCCAUGUCCAUGCUCCCCACGGAAACAGCAGCAGCACCAACAGCGCAUCCCCAAUCCAGCCCGGCACCUCGUCUGCAAACACGUUCUCCAAAGCCUGAUGGCUAAAGAGGGAUAAUUUAAUUUUUCUUUUUUUCCCCCUAAUUUAUAAACCAGUGUUUAAAAACUGCUGUUCUGUAGAGUUCUUUGAGUGUGCAGGUUCAGCACUCUUCCUUGGAUCUCAUUUGCUCCUCUUGUACCAAUGAAUGGAAUGUACUAUGUGUUUUCUUUUACAUUUGAACAUCCUUUCCAAAUGGGCUGACUUGCAUUUUGAAAUAAGUCUCCUUAAAACCAAAGAAUAUGUAGCUUUAAACUUUCCAAAUGAAAACCAAAGAAAAUCAAUCUGCACUGAAUUGAAGGUUUGUGUUGGAGCAUUAAUAUAGGAAGAAAAUAUAUGCUCUGUCAUAGAAGGCUUUGGCUGCAGCACAUUUCCAAAGAUUGCCCCUCACCCACUCCAUAUCCCUUUCUAUUCCACCCAAUUCAGGUAGUGGUUAAUAUAUCCCCUGGUGAAAUGGGAGACUUCUUCAAGAGGCUAAUGCAUCAUCCUUUUCUACUGAUGCCUAAUAUAGAAACAUACCCGAUAUAGCUGUGCUUAUUGUGUAAACAGCUAAAGAAAGUAACAUGCAUUACUCUCCAGGCUUUUUGGUGGAGAGAUAAUUAUAAUGCCCUGUUAAAAAAUAAAUCUAAAUGGGUUUUGAUUAGGUAUUGCAAACAAAAAUCUGCCUACUUUAUAGAAACAAUAUCCAAACAAGCACCAUAGUGUAGCUUUCACACACACUUUGAUGGUGAAUCCAUAUGAUUACAGCUCUUGUCAACAAACCCUUUGAUACUAUUUGAAUGUUUGCUUCCAAGUGCUCAUUGUGCGGCUAUGCUGCCAUAUGAGAGGUUAUAUUCAGGUUACCAAAAGGAGAACAAUCAAAGUGGGACGGCACUCCACACAACCAAAAAAAAGGUGUCCUCCCUAUAGUGUAGUGGGGCGAAGGAGGGACGGAGGGCGGGUCUGCUCUGUUCUAGUGGCCAAACACAGAGGUCAAAUGUCACAAUACAGGAUUCAGAGUGCCAAUGAUGUUUGCCUCUUUCAUGAUAAUCAGAGAACAGAUGCAGCUUUGCUCCGUCGCCAUCUUUUCUGCUUCUUUUCAUCACAACUUUCAAUUUGCGAGCACUAAUACAGGCCCGAUGCCAGCUCCGUACCUCAGAAAAACACAGAUGAACAUGAAAAACUGUAAAUAAUCUUUAAUUUCAUCCUCUUCUCUGUAUUAUCUAUUCCCUAUUUAUCUACUCUACUUCUACCCCCCCCCCCCUUUGCUGUGUCUUUUGUUCAAGUUUUCCCCUCUUCCUCAAAUACUGAUGCGGGUAAAAUUAGUACUAUAGACACACUCUUGUGGCUAUUGUGCUAUGUUGUGCUGAAAUUAUAUGUAUAGAAGCACUUUCUUGAUAAUAUGUAAAAAAAAAUGUUUAGAUUAGGAAACAAGACAAAUCAACAUGUCACAAACUGAUGCUAUGCACAGACAAGGAAGGGAUAUCACAAGUGGAAAGACUGUGCAUAUCUGUGAAUACGUGUGGAAUCAAUGGACUCUCUGGAUGUGAAGGACCUCUUCCUUGAUCUCUAAUCUUCUUUGAACUGGACUGUCGCUGCAUUCCUCUGCUGUUUAUGUUCUUUGGCUCAUUUUUUAAGUGUCUUUUUACAUUUUUAUGUGGGCAAAGCCACUUGUUGUGUAGCAUCUUCAAGCGGGAGAUAAUCAUAUAAAGGAGGAGGUUCAGAGAGGGGGAACGCGGGUGUGGCAGUGGAGGCAGCAAGCAUCUCAGAACAUCUGUGAGGAUUAAAGGAUAUAUUUAGAUCAUAUUCCUACAUUACCUGUUGUGUUUUUUCUACAGAUUUGCAGAGCUUGUUAGUGCAGGCGUUUGCAGUUCAGAAGUGAGAAAAAGAGAAGGAGAAAUGGAAACAUUUCUUUGUUGCAGAAUGAUGUGGACUGUGACACAGCUGCUGAUACCAAAGCAGCAUCAAGCUCGCUGUGUUUGUGAUGAAACCCGGGCAUGCACACAGAAAAACAAACACAAACAUACAGGCACACAAAACAAAACAAACAGAAAACAGCAAAAAAAAAAUUUAAUUAAAUAAAAACACAACCAUAAAUAAAACUAGCUAGAUGUGGUGGAUGUGCAGAGGUUUCACAGAGCAGUUGCGCUGCAUUGCAAACACUGCAAUGUGUUUGUAAUGUGGGAAGAGUUGAGUGCCUUUUUCCUUCCACCAGAGGGUUGGACUGCUCUGAUCUCUGUAAAAUGGAGGUAUACAUGCCAUCUAAAUAGGAUGCUAAUAGGAAGCCACCGGAGCCAGCCCAAGGCUCUAUUAAGCCCUGAAACAGAACAGCAGAUCAUUUGGAGUGCACAUGUUGGGUAAAUUCCAUCAUCUUCCCUCUGACUCCAAUUUUUCUUGUUCAUGAUUGGCCACUUUUUUUAAAGCUGUGCUAACGGUUACCAAAAGUGCCAAAAAUUAAAUUUUCCAUAUACCUGUUUAUACAAUUUCCUUGUCAGUUGUCUACAUGUCUAUAAGCUGAUCAAAGGUACAUUUAUUACUUUGAUGAAAAACUGAGAGGUUUAAAAGAAAAAUUCUAUUUUUUGUGGAUGGUUGGAACACCAAAGCACUAGCAUACAGUCCAGCUAAAGCUGUUGUCAUUCUUGUUCAUUUUGGUCUCAUACGAACAUAACAUAAAGUCCUGCAGCCUAAGCUGAGGAUCAUAUAUAAACAUGUAGCAUAAUUAAUUGGAGAGAGAGCAGUUAUUAAGCUUUUUUUUUGGAAACUGCAUACAUCUGCAAAGGUUUUGUAUCGACACAGAGCAUAUUAAAAAUCACAGAUCAGGCUUUUAUAGCAUUACAGAAGCCACCUCAUGAUCCAUUUAGGGGUUUUAUUUCCUGACUUAUUCGGUAUGACUCUAAGUUUGGUUUCAGAAUUUGUUUAUAAAACAAAACAAAAGAAAGGCAUAUUGUCAUUCAUUUUUAUUCCAAACUUGAAGAUAGCACACUAUAAUGUGUCACUAUAAACAAUCAGGAAGGAUAUUCCUUAUUACUUAACAUUUAUAUUUAAUUUUCCACAAUGGAAUACAUGACAACUGUAAACAAAUAUCUAUUGAUUAAAAGGAUAUAAAAAUAGUAUUUUACAGUAUUAGAGAAUAACAUGGAAACAGAUAUUCUUAAACUUCCCAAAAUUAUUUGGUAAAUGUUUUAUUCAGUCUUAAAACGGUGUGUAUUAAAAAAAAAAAAAAACAUCUCAUCUAAGCUAGAAAGUUAGAUAAAAUCUGUUCCCUACUUAGAUAUAAGUGAUAUAAAUGAUUGAAUAGGCUUUAAACUAUGUUGCUGGUGAGAGACCCUUCAAUAAAUGUGUUGUUUUUCUUAGUGUUUAUACAAACUGUGCAUUUACCAACAUAUAUUUUAGAAAACUCAAGUUCACUUAUACCUUGGGCUGGCCCUGGGAGAGUCUCUUUAGUGUAGACGUAUACCAUUAAAAUAACUCUUAGUAUUUGUACUUUUACCACCACAAUUUUAUUAAUGCAUUUAUUUAUUUUAACCUACUUUUGAGUUAACAUUAUCUGAAAAGGUCUUUUCUUGUUAUACAAACACUCCAGUCAGAGAUAUUUUUGUGUACUUUAUAGUUUGUGAGUCUGUAUUUGACUGUUUACAAAAUAUGUUCCACCCACUCUCCCUACAGCCAAUAGUUGGAGAAUUUUCAACUUUUCCAGUGAAACCCACCAGCUUUGCUCCCUGCCCAUCUGAAUCCUCUUCCCUGGUCCCUCCCACCAGGGUAGCUUUACAACAAGCAAGGCAUCUGUAGACAUUUCAUCUCGAUAUACCUCAAAUCUGUAUUGUAAAGGUUCAUGUAGUGAAAAAAUACAGUGUUUAGCAAUGAAUGUGGCAUUAAAGUCACAGCAAAAUUUGUUCAUUUAUGUAUCAACUUUCUUAUACUGUAGUGUGUGGAAUACAAGCAGCUAUAUUAUUUCAUGUGCUUGACUUUUUUUAUUGUUCGUAGAUUUCCACUGUUUUCUUUUAUCAUGAAAGUGAGAUACAGAGAGAAUAACUCACAUGGUAUAUUUGGAUUUCUGCGAUUCUAUAUAACUAUAGAAAAACAUGAAUAUUUUGGGGGGGAAUAAUGAAACCAAAAAGGGAAUGUAUACUGACACAUGAAGUACUCAUUUACUUUUGAUUUUAUUAGUUUUUGGGUUAAUAUUUGUUUGAAUAUUGCAUCAUAUGUGUUCCACAGCAAAAGUCCAUAUUAAAAAAACAGAACCAA